AUGCCUCCCAAGAAGUUCAGAUCGCUCGAGGACGUGAUCGAAGACCAAACUCCGAAGGCCAACCAGGUGGCGUCUCCAUUUGGGGGCUACUACACCAAGGCCGCCGCGAACAAUAAGGGCUUCAACCAGAAGUCAUCGUACCAAGCGAAGCGGGACUGGAAUGAAGGCAGCCAGUACAAAAACUACCAGCACGGCCAGCAGCAACAGCCUAUGCAUAACUACCAGGACCAACAGAGCUACCAGAACUACCAGGGCCAGCAAAGAGGAUACCAGUCGCCUGCGUAUUCUGUCAAUUCAACGCCGGCAACGAGCAGCACCCCAACCCCUAGCACAUCUACUGCAUCUCUGACGUCGCUAGCUACCUCACUCAACAACCUCGGUCUCACGCCCAUCUCCGGCAUUCUUUCCGGCCUUCCUCAAUGCGCGUCUCUGGCAGACUGCAAACAACAAAUCCAACUCGCCGUAGCAGAAUUCAAUAAAGACGGCAACUCCGCACAGGAAGUGGUAACGUGGGAUGUCCCGACCAUCAUUUCAAAGUUGACCAAGCCCAAGAAUGCAGUCUUGGUCCAGGAGUCGGCCAUGGUCUUUAUUUCCCAGUUAUCAAACAACUUCGCCGGAAAGUCGCCACAGGAAGCUUUCCUGUUGCCUCUUUUGCCGUCAGCUUUGGACACUGUGGCUAGCAAGGAAAACUCUGUGAAGAGGGCAGCACAACACGCGAUCGACUCUAUCUUUGGCCUUUUCCCCAUCGAGGCUCAGACUAGUGUUGUGCUUCCCAAAUUAUUUGAGUACUUGAGCUCUGGUGUUAAAUGGCAGUGUAAAGCGGCGGCUUUGAAAGUGAUCGACCGCAUAAGAGAAGAAUCUCCCAACGAUCUAUUAGAACUUACUUUCAAAAACGCCGUGCCUGUCUUGACUGACGUCGCCACCGACUUCAAGCCAGAGUUGGCCAAGCAGGGUUAUAAAACUCUACUGGAGUAUGUUUCUAUUUUGGACAACCUUGAUCUCUCUCCUCGUUUUCAACUUAUCGUCGAUACCUUGCAAGACCCUACAAAAGUUCCAGCCUCCGUCAAAUCGCUCUCAAGUGUAACUUUUGUUGCUGAAGUGACAGAGCCUGCUUUGAGUAUAUUGGUACCAAUUCUAAGCAGAUCUUUGAAUCUCUCAUCUUCAUCUCAGGAACAGUUAAGACAAACUGUUGUUGUUAUCGAAAAUUUGACUAGGCUUGUUAAUAACAGGUCCGAAAUUCAGCACUUCAUUCCUCAAUUGAUGCCAGGGGUGCAAAAAGUGUUGCAAACUGCCUCGUUACCUGAAGUUCGUGAGCUUGCUCAGAAGGCGUUGACAGUUCUAAUAGACGACUCCGAAGAUGACGGAAAGUUUCCCGGCAAAAUCACCCUCGACCAAGGUCUCCAGUUCUUGACUGAAAGAGUCCACCAUUUGACCAGCGAUUCCUUGAAGGGGAAAGACGACGAGCCUUUGAAGUACUUGUCGAAACUGUUAACCGCGGAUGCAAACGUAAAUGACUGGAAGAGGCUAAAGGAAUAUCUGGUACUUGUCUUUGGCGCAGAAAAAGACGAGGUUAUUGACCAACACAUUAUUCAUGAAUUGCGACAGAUGUUCCAUCAGGAAAAGACUGUCUAUGACGAAGAUGAGGGUGUUGAGAUCGUAAAUGCCGAUUUUUCUUUAGCUUACGGAUCUAGAAUGCUUUUGAACAAGACGACCUUGCGUUUACUAAAAGGACAUCGUUACGGUCUUUGUGGUAGAAAUGGUGCCGGUAAGUCUACGCUUAUGAGGUCUAUUGCCAAUGGGCAAUUAGAAGGAUUUCCUGACAAGGAAACUUUGAGAACUUGUUUCGUGGAGCAUAAACUUCAAGGUGAAGAAGGUAACCUUGACCUGGCUUCAUUCAUUGCUCUAGAUCCAAUUUUGAAAGAUGUAUCUCGUGAGGAAAUCUCCAAUGCAUUGGCGACAGUUGGCUUUGAUGAAGAUAGAAGAGCUCAAACUGUAGGAUCUCUCUCAGGUGGGUGGAAGAUGAAACUGGAAUUGGCUAGAGCUAUGCUACAAAAGGCAGACGUUUUGUUGUUGGACGAACCUACUAACCACUUGGACGUUGCCAAUGUUAAAUGGUUGCAAGACUACUUGUUGGAGCACACUGAAAUCACAUCUUUGAUUGUGUCUCACGACUCAGGCUUUCUUGACGCCGUGUGUACCGAUAUCAUCCAUUAUGAGAACAAAAAGCUAGCUUACUACAAGGGAAAUUUGGCUGCUUUUGUGGAGCAAAAGCCUGAAGCAAAGUCCUAUUAUACGCUAUCAGACACUAAUGCUCAGAUGCGCUUCCCACCUCCGGGCAUUCUGACGGGUGUUAAAUCAAACACCAGGGCGGUGGCCAAGAUGAGCGACGUUACUUUUGCAUACCCAGGUGCUCCUAAGCCAUCUUUGAGCAACGCUUCAUGCGCUCUUUCCUUGAGUUCGAGAGUUGCUGUAUUGGGUCCCAACGGUGCUGGUAAGUCUACCUUGAUUAAAAUUCUUACAGGCGAACUGGUGCCCCAGAAGGGUAAGGUAGAAAAGCACCCUAAUCUUCGUAUCGGUUACAUUGCACAACAUGCCUUGCAACACGUUAAUCUGCAUAAGGAAAAGACUGCUAACCAAUAUCUUCAAUGGCGUUACCAGUUUGGUGAUGACAGAGAAGUUUUGUUGAAGGAAUCAAGAAAGAUUUCUGAGCAAGAAAAGGACAUGAUGGAGAAAGAAAUCGACGUUGGUGACGGCAGAGGUAAACGUGCCAUUGAAGCGAUUGUGGGUAGAUCAAAGUUGAGAAAAUCUUUCCAAUACGAGGUGAAGUGGAAAUUCUGGUUGCCCAAGUAUAACUCCUGGGUGCCUAAAGAAGUAUUGUUAGAGAAUGGGUUUGAUAAAUUGGUCCAAAAAUUCGAUGAUCAUGAAGCAUCUAGGGAAGGUCUAGGUUAUCGUGAGUUGACCCCUGCCGUGAUCACAAAGCAUUUUGAAGAUGUCGGAUUGGAUGCGGAAAUUGCCAACCAUACUCCAUUAGGUUCCCUUUCCGGUGGCCAGCUGGUCAAAGUCGUCAUUGCCGGUGCAAUGUGGAACAACCCACAUCUGUUGGUCUUGGAUGAACCCACCAACUAUUUGGAUAGAGAUUCUCUGGGUGCCUUAGCAGUUGCAAUUCGUGACUGGACGGGUGGUGUAGUAAUGAUUUCUCACAACAAUGAAUUUGUCGGUGCGCUGUGCCCUGAACAAUGGAUAGUUGAAAAUGGUAAGAUGGUCCAGAAGGGUGUCAACAAAAUUGAUCAAACUAGAUUUGAGGAUGGGGGCAACGCCAAUGCUGUUGGUCUAAAUGUCAAGGCUUCGCCGUCGGUGGUAGACGACGAUUCACCUGCCAACAUCAAAGUCAAGCAAAGAAAGAAGAGGUUGACCAGAAAUGAGAAAAAACUGCAGGUCGAAAGACGCCGUUUGCGCUACAUCGAAUGGUUGAACUCUCCCAAAGGCACUCCAAAACCUGUUGAUACCGAUGAUGAAGAAGAGUAG